AUGUCUUCCUGCUGCGCUCUCGCACCUGGGCGCGCCCCCGGCAACCGUAGCACCUGUCGAGAGCACUCUUUGUCCUGUUCUUCUCCGCCAGGAGAACCGCGUGGGGUUGAUUCAACCCCAAGCGGCGCUCCUGGCGGGAAAUUCCAGACAAAGAGUGGUCUAGACGAGUGCCCAGGACGAAGAGUGGUCUCGACGAGAGCCCAGACUGCGUUCGAGGCGAGCGGGGAGCCGAGGGCGGCCGAGCGAGAGAGCCGCCCCCUGCAACUGGUCAGCACCGGAGAUGCGGAGAACGAUUACUCUUUUAAGCUCUGCGAGGAGAACCUCGACCGCGUGCUGUCCAAGGUACCGGACGGGAUGGAGGUGUCGGUGGUUUCGGUUGUGGGCGCGUUUCGCACGGGAAAGUCAUUCCUGCUCAGCUUUUUCCUGCGGUACCUCAACAGCGGGUCGGACGACGACGCGUCCGAGGCGUGGAUGACAGCCGACGGACCCAGCCUAAGGGAGGGAAACCGUAACAGUGUCAAGCCGGCGGCGGGGGGGGCACAGGGAGUGCAGGAGGAAGAGGGGGAGGGGUCAUCGUUGCGAAGCUUCGAGUGGCGGGGGGGCGUGGAGCGCAUGACGACCGGCAUCUGGAUGUGGUCGGAACCGUUCGUGAGGAGGACGGAGGGGGGGAAGGAGGUGGCCGUCCUCGUGGUGGACACGCAGGGGAUGUUCGAUAACGAGACGUCCAUGGGCCUCACGGCCUGCAUCUUUGCCGUCAGCACCUUGCUGAGUUCCUGCCAGAUCUACAACGUGGAGAAGCGCAUCCAGGAGGACCACCUGCAGCAGCUCGCCCUCUUUUCGGAGUACGGGAGGAUGGCCCUCAACAAGGAGUACGCCCUCGCCACCGGGGCCGAUGCCGACGCGGAGGUGGAGGCGGCGGCGGCGGCGGCAGCGGCGGCGGCAGACCGAACCGGCGGAGAUCCCGCCGCAGGUGAGGGCACGGGGUCCCCGUCUCUCAAGGGCGGCGCAACAGCUGUGUCAACCGCCGUCGGUUUCGCCGCCAAGGCUAAGGCGAAUGCGGAGGCGAGGCGAGCGGCGGCGGCGGGAGAAGGGGGGGAGGCGGCGGUUGCGGCGCCGGCGAGCCAGGACAGGAUGGAGAGGCCUUUCCAGCGGCUUGAGUUCCUCGUGAGGGAUUGGCAGAAUUACGAGGAUGAGGAUCUGCCGGGGCCCAAGCUUCAGGACGAAAUGAUCGACUACCUCGCCGAGGUGAUCGAGGACAAGGGAAUCAAGGACCUCCGUGACACGCGGGAGCAGAUCACGUCGUGCUUCGAGAAGAUCUCCUGCUUCGGCCUGACGCACCCGGGUUUCGACGUGGUCAAGAAGACCUUCAGCGGCGACAUCUCUAAGAUCCAGCCCUCGUUCCUGCGGCUGCUCAACACCUACGUGCGCCACAUCUUCGGAGAGCUGCUGGAGCCGAAGAGGAUCAACGGCCGCUUCCUGACGGCGCCCGAGCUCCGUAACUACGCCUCCGCGUACGUGGAGCUCUUCCACAAUGGCGCACACUUCCCCGCGGCCCGAUCUCUGCUCGAGGCGACCGCGGGGGCGCACAACGGCAACGCUAAGCACGUGGCGCUCCACAAGUACAAGGCGGAAAUGGACCGCCUCCUCGGGCCCAACGCCACGGGCUACCUGUCCCCGCCCUCUUUCGAGGAGCACGAGGGGCUCUGCCGGGAGGGGGGCCUCGGGGUGUUCGACGCCAUGGCCACCAUGGGCAGGCGCUCGGAGGUGUCGAGGGUGCGAGCGCUGCUGCUCGAGGAGCUGGAUGAUGCCAAGAUUCGGUAUGCCGAGGCUAACUCGGGCAGAAAUCCCUUCCGUGGCACCGAGUACUGGGUGAUCCCGAUGAUGAUCGCUUUCGCUUCCUACGUCGCCCGGUGGAUCGCGGACCUGAGCUGCUCCGCGUGGUCGGACUCGUGCCGCAAGACGUCCGACACGCUGGGUUUCAUCUACUUCGCGAUGGUGGUGGUGCUGCUGGUCAUGUUCCGGCAGAAGCUCAAGGGCGUCGCCGAGCACUUCGGCCACCUCCUGCCGGUGUUGGUCGGAAACUUGAAGGAGCAAGUGCAGCAGGCCAACAAGAACAAGACCCAGUAA